AAAGGAAAUGCUUGAUUGUGGAGAGAAACAUCUGUCAUGAAGUGGGGCUACGUUCAUUUCGUUCUUGAAAACUGUGAUCAAACCAUCAUGGCGAUGGAACUGAACUUGCUUGCGUGAAUUUUUUUUUUACAUGUAGAAAAAAAAAAUAAAUAAAAUAAAUCAUCGCCAAUGCGCCAACAUUAAUAUUUAAUUUAAAAAUUUUAUUAUUGAUAAAAAAUUACAAUAUAACUUACUGUGAAAAUAUUUUUUACUAUCAGCGAAUAUUUAAUAGCUGUACUAUUUAUUGGGUGUAAAUUAUUGGAGUACUGUAAAGACAAUUUCGACGUCACGGUUGACUGUUGUACAAAUUUCUCUAACCUAAAUAAAGAGCACUAUGAGUUCAGGUAGGCCAAUCAAAUGUGUUGUGGUUGGAGAUGGGACAGUCGGAAAAACCUGUAUGUUGAUAUCUUAUACGACAGAUAGUUUUCCUGGUGAAUAUGUACCUACUGUAUUUGAUAAUUAUUCAGCACCGAUGGUAGUUGAUGGCAUUCCUAUCAGCUUAGGUCUUUGGGAUACUGCUGGACAAGAAGAUUACGAUAGAUUAAGACCAUUAUCAUAUCCACAGACAGAUGUAUUUUUAAUCUGUUUCUCGGUAACAAGUCCAUCGUCAUUUGAAAAUGUUACUAGCAAAUGGUAUCCGGAAAUAAAACAUCAUUGUCCUGAUGCACCUAUGAUCCUUGUGGGUACAAAAAUUGAUUUACGUGAUGACCGUGAGACAUUGACUUUACUUGCUGAACAAGGAUUGAGUGCCAUUAAACGCGAGCAAGGACAAAAAUUAGCUAAUAAGAUACGAGCAGUAAAAUACAUGGAAUGUUCAGCGUUGACGCAGCGUGGUUUAAAACAAGUUUUUGACGAAGCAAUACGUGCUGUAUUGCGACCUGAACCUCAAAAGCGUCGUCAGAGAAGAUGCACCCUAUUGUAAGGUACACCAAAAUUAAGCACACAAAGAACAAGUUAGCAUAUUUUAUCAAAAGAAUACGAUGGUAUUAAAAAUAUUAUAAUGAUCUGGUUGAUAUUAAGAACAAUCAAUAAGUACAGUUUUUUUUUAAAUUAAGUUUAGUGCAUGAUGACAUUGGAAUUCAAUUCGGCAGCUAUCUCUAAUUGACUCAUCUUAGAUUAAUAAACGGUUUCUUAUUCAAUAUUAUUGAUAUUUGAUAUAAAUGAUAUUAAUAAACGAUUUUUUGAUCGUUCAGGUUUAACUUAUUAAUUUAGUUUAGGCAUUAAAGCACAUAGAACUGGAUGAUAAUUUGUCUGGACAAAAGUUUAUUAUAGUCAAUUUUUUAUUAUAUUUUACACAAUGACAUUCAGAAUCUCGCGUUAUUUAUUUCAUGAACUAUUAAAUAUUUGUUUCGUUAACAUCGAAACUAAUAUAUUAAAUAUAUAUUUAUACGACGCUUAAAAUCGAUAGUUCGCUAGAAUUCGUUUGAUAUUGUUUUUUUUUUUUUUCAAUGCGGCCAUAAGAAAGUUUUUUUACGUGUACAGAUGACGAAAUUUAAUGCCAUCUUUAUUACUAGGUGCCAUGGUAAUGAAGAAAAAAAUAAAUCAAACAUUAAAACAGUCUUAGACAAUACUCAACGAUAAUUAUUUAAUACUUAUAUAUACAAAGUGAAUUGAAUUGAAUGACAAACAAAAAAUCAUUAUUUAAAACAUUGAUUUUGCGAAAAAAAAAAGACUGUAUUUGGAUGAGCAUUACUGCCAUAUAUAUGUAUAUUAGGAAAUUUUACAAAUCAAAUUACUACUACAACGUGAAAUAUUUCUUGUCAAUACAAUGUCUCGACACAUCUCAAACUUGAAAAAUUAUUAUUAUCUUAGUACCGUAAAAAAAGAAAAAAAAAUACCUCGAAAAGUUUGAGAUUCUCUCUCUAUUUUUAUUAUAAUUAAUUUUUUUUAAUCAACAAUUAACAACAUUCUCAGACAGUGCCGCUCAGUUUUUCAAAAUAUGCAAUGACUUUCAACUGUCAUAAUCGUAUUCAAAUUUUAUUAAUUAAUUAAAUAAAAAAUUAAAACCUUUAUUAAAGAAAGGACAACGUAGUUGCAAUUUCACCGAGCUAUAGAUUUUUUAAAAAAUUACUUACAAUUGUUAUUAAUUAGGAGUUAAACGAAAUUUGUUGAGUGAAUUUUAGUCCACAAAAUUUGAAAUUUCGAAUUAUAAAAUCGACAUGAAAAUUUUACUGAAAUUUAUUUAACAAAUUUCGUUAAGCUCCCAAUUGAUAUCAACUGUAAGUAAUUUUUUUUUAAAUCCAUAUCUCAGCGAAAUCGCGACUACGUUGUCCUUUUUUCAAUUAAUGUUUCAAAUUUUUAAAUUAAUUGAUAAAAUUUUUUUACGCUCAUGACAGUGGAAGGUCAUUGAAAAUUUUAAUAAAGUGGGGGGCACUGUCUGAGAAUGGCUUUAAAUUUAAAAAUACUUUUUCUUAUCAAAAGAAUCUCUUAUCGGAUCUUAUAACAUUUAAGGUUUAAAUCUAAACAACGAUUGAAAAUACUAAAUUCUAAAUUAUUAUUUACACACUUAUUUUUUUAUUUUCAUUAUCACUAACAGUUUACGUUUGAACACAACGAUUUUGAUAAAAUUUAUCUAUAAAAAGUUUAUUUGAUUUAAUCAUCCCUAUAUGGUCUCUACUUGACCGCGAGCUCAGGCAUUAUUAUUACUAUUAUUAUUAUUAUUAUUAUUAUUAUUACUAUUACUAAAAACUAUAAUAACUUGAAUACAUAUUGUAUUGGCGAAGAGGGCUCGAGAUAGUUUUCAGGUACCUUAUAAUUAAUAGUAAUCUAAUACUCCUGUAAUUGCGAACAUACUAUUUUUUAUAUUUAAAAUGAAAAAAAAAAUAGAAAUAAAUAAAGUGAAUUAAAAAAAAAAACUUAGAAAUGCAAACAAUUUAAACACUAGUGUGUCCUCAAUGUUUGCCUUUAUUGAAUACUAAGUAAAAUCAUAUUCUAUUAUGCUGCUUAUGUAUAAACAUGAAAUCAAACGAAUUAAAAAUCGAAAAAAAUCAUUACGAAGAAAUAAAAAGUAAAUAAAUAAUGAAAAUAAUAUUAUAAAGACAACUUAUUAAAGCACACUGAUGCUUUCUAAAUGUAUAUAAUGUAGCAUAGAAAAUGUGUACACUGAAUUCCAAUAUGAUUAAUCAAUAUUUCAUCUGCUGUUACUAUUGUUUAAAUUAAAAUAUAAGUAAAUUUAUUACUACAGAUACUCAAAUCGUAGCAGAUUAAAAAUAUAUGCUAUUGGAAUCUUUGUUCUUCAAGUCAACUUGCAUUAAUAUUUUUCUUUUUAGAUUUUAAUUAUCGUAUUGAUAAGGAACAAUUGAUUAUUUAUUAAAAGUAUGAAUUUUCUUUUUUUAUAUCAGUGUCUUUAGAAUACUAUUUGAAUAUAAAUUGAUAGAAAGUAACAGCUAUAAAAAACAAAAUCGAAUUUUGGUGCUCUUCCCAAAACCUUUAGAAUUAUAUGAUGUAGUGCCGAAGAGAUAUGAAGUAAAAAUAAAAAUAAAAUCUAAUAAUUAUUAAAAUAGAGAUUUAUCAACUCUUAUGAAUUUAAAAUUUAUCAAAAGCCAUAUAUGACUGAUAAAAACAAAGCUAUUGACACACAUUACGUACACAUCUAUUAUUGUGUAUUAUCAUGAUAAUUUUAUAAAUAUAAGUAGUGCAUUUAUUUACAGAUGUUAAAUUGUCUUUUGUAAUAAUAAGUUAAGGUAUAUAAUUUAUAAUUAUUUUUAUUUUAUAUUAGAUCAGUAGCAGUCAUCGGGUCAUUAGUCUUGAUUGAGAGUUAUAUUAUAUCUUAAAAUUUAAUUUAUAUUUACAAGUGAAUGAAAAAAAAAAAACGAAAAUUAGUAAAUAAUUAUUGCUGCCAUAAAAAUGAAAAUUUUAUACGGGUCAUUGAAGUAGCCAUGAACAAUUUUUGUGUGUAAAAAAGAGA